UGAGAGAGCGUUGAGAAGAGCAAAGCGCGAACGAGAGAUUUGUACAUUUGUAGCCAUUCCCUUCGAUUGUCGCCUACAGACGUCGAUUGAUAAACGUUUUCAUCUGAAACGAGAAGACAGCGAAGUAUGUCUACCAACACAGAGGGAGAAAAGUAGUCCACAUUGCGCGCUAUUCGAAGGGUGUCAGUCAAUGUGUAGUGGGCCACUCCAAGGCAGACACACUCCUCCUAUGUGUCCUUGUCCAGUCCUUGUGUGAGCUGAUCUGGGACCAGUGGGAUAAAUGAGUGGCCUGGCUGAGGAUCGCAGCGUUGGCACACACCACAAAGCCUACACAGUAGGAUGUCGUGGGUCCGAGGCUUCUUCGUAGCCAAAGUGGACGAACGAAAGACCGCGUGGGGGGAGCGCAAUGGCAGAAAGUCCAACAAGCGGAAGAACGGUUGCUCAGGGUCAUCUCUCUGCAAGCCCCGCUGCAUGAGCUGCCUGCGGGACGGUGAGGACCUGGAUCCCACCCCUCCCACCCCCCAGCACUACCACCGUGGAGGAGGGGGGUCCGGCCCCAGCGGAGGGGGUAACUUUGGGAUGCGCUGUGGCUGGCAGGAGGACCACUAUGGGAAACGGACUGGGGCGGCGGGAGACCUGGGGUUGAAGGCCGUGGAUCUGGGGUUCGAUGACGGAGACCUGACAGGGAGGAAAGGUCCAGGGGAAGAGGAUUUGGGGAAAGGAACGGGGGAGGACGGAGGAACAUGCAAAGCCUUCACAGCCGCGGACUGCUGGAUGCGCGUCGUACGAGUGUUCCAGUCGAAAAAGUUCACGUCGGCGAAACUGGAACGUCUGUACCAGCGCUACUUCUUCAGGCUCAACCAGAGCUCUCUGACUAUGCUGAUGGGUGUCCUUGUCAUAGUCUGCGGCGUCAUGCUAGCCUUCCACUGUGUCCACGCUCCGCCCGACGUAGCCUACGCCUCGGUGCUCUCCGUGGCCAUGGCCCUCUUCCUGUCCAUGAUGGUGGUGUGUAACAGGAACGGCUUCCACCAGGACUACAUGUGGAUCGUCAGCUACUUGGUGAUCGGGGUGCUGCUGGUGGUCCAGGUGUUCGGGGUGUUGAUGGUUGCCCCCCGAAGUGCCUCUGAGGGGAUCUGGUGGUCCGUGUUCUUUAUAUACAUAAUCUAUACGCUGUUGCCAGUGAGGAUGAGAGCUGCAGUGCUGAGUGGAGGGGUACUGUCUACCAUACACCUCAUCACCGCAUGGCAACUCAACCAGGACGAUGUUUUCCUAUGGAAACAGCUGAGUGCCAACGUGCUGAUCUUCCUGUGCACCAACAUGAUAGGUAUCUGUACCCACUACCCUGCUGAGGUAUCGCAGAGACAGGCCUUUCAGGAGACCAGGGGGUACAUCCAGGCCCGGCUCUACCUACAGAGAGAGAAUCAGCAACAGGAGCGCCUGUUGCUGUCGGUGCUGCCGAGGCACGUUGCCAUGGAGAUGAAGGCAGAUAUCAACGCCAAGAAGGAAGAUAUGAUGUUCCACAAGAUCUACAUCCAGAAACAUGACAACGUCAGUAUACUGUUUGCAGACAUCGAAGGAUUCACCAGCCUGGCAUCACAAUGCACCGCACAAGAGUUGGUCAUGACACUGAAUGAACUUUUCGCUCGCUUCGACAAACUAGCUUCGGAGAACCACUGUCUGAGGAUCAAGAUCCUUGGAGACUGCUACUACUGUGUGUCUGGACUGCCUGAACCCAGGGCCGACCAUGCACACUGCUGUGUGGAGAUGGGAGUGGACAUGAUAGAGGCCAUCUCGCUGGUGAGAGAGGUCACAGGGGUCAAUGUGAACAUGCGUGUGGGUAUCCAUAGCGGCCGGGUCCACUGUGGGGUGCUGGGACUGAGGAAGUGGCAGUUUGACGUGUGGUCCAACGAUGUCACUCUAGCCAAUCACAUGGAGGCAGGGGGUGCGGCAGGGCGUAUCCACAUUACCAAGGCCACCCUACAGUACCUGAAUGGGGACUAUGAGGUGGAGCCGGGGUUCGGAGGGGACAGGAAUGCCUAUCUGAAGGAGAACAACAUCGAGACGUUCCUGGUGCUGGGGUGCAGCCAGAAAAGGAAAGAGGAGAAGGCAGCGAUGGCCAAGAGUGCCAUGAUGCAGCGGGUACGUGCCAACUCCACUGAGGGCCUGAUGCCACGCUGGGUACCCGACACAAGGUUCUCCAGGACCAAGGACUCCAAGGUCUUCAGGCAGAUGGGUAUCGAUGAAACAUCCAGACAAGACAACCGCUGUGCCCAAGAGGCCCUGAACCCUGAGGAUGAGGUGGAUGAGUUUCUGGGCCGAGCCAUCGACGCCCGCAGCAUAGACCAACUCCGUAAAGACCAUGUCAAGAAGUUCCUCCUCACCUUCCAGACUAAAGACCUGGAGAAGAAGUACUCUAAGAAGGUGGAUGAUCGUUUUGGAGGCUACGUGGCCUGUGGUCUGUUAGUCUUCUGCUUCAUCUGUUUCAUCCAGAUUAUCAUCUUCCCCCACACUCCCCUCAUGCUGGGUCUUUACAUCAGCAUCUUCAUCCUCCUCGUCAACAUCCUCUUCAUCUGUGCCAUCUACUCCUGCAUCAAGCUCUUCCCGGCUGCAUUGCAGACGCUGACGAAGAAGAUCGUCCAGUCUCGUACCAAUAGUACCCUGGUGGGGGUCCUCACCAUCAUACUCCUCUUCAUGUCUGCCUUCGUUAACAUGUUUACCUGUGACAGAGAGGGCCUGGUGGACUGUGUGGUGCGUGAGCGUAACCUGUCCUCCAGUUUGGUGACUCUGUGUCUACUACACAACCUGACACAGUCGGCACAGGACGGACUGACCCUGUGCCCCAGCCAGCCCAUGCCAUGCCACUUCCCUGAGUAUUUCUGCUACAGUGUUCUCCUGACCCUGCUGGCCUGCAGUGUGUUCCUCCACAUCAGCAGUAUAGGCAAGCUGGCCCUUAUGGUGCUGAUCCAGGUCACCUUCCUGUUGCUCGUGGAGUGGCCCCAGGUGACCCUGUUCGACAACGCAGAUCUGCUGCUCACCGCCAACACCCUCUCUUUCACACCUUUGAAUGACUCUCUAGAUUGGUUUCCUAGUUUCAAUGAAACAGUUACAGAGACGUGCCAGGAGAGUGUGACCAAGGUGUCUCUAAAGGUCAUGACCCCUGUCAUCCUGACGGUGUUCGUCCUGGCUCUUUACCUACACGCUCAGCAGGUUGAGUCCACUGCACGCCUCGACUUCCUGUGGAAGCUGCAGGCUACAGAGGAGAAAGAGGAGAUGGAGGAGCUUCAGGCCUACAACCGCCGCCUCCUCCACAACAUCCUACCUAAAGACGUGGCCGCCCACUUCCUGGCGCGGGAGCGGCGUAACGACGAGCUCUACUACCAGUCCUGUGAGUGUGUGGCCGUCAUGUUCGCCUCCAUCUCCAACUUCUCUGAGUUCUACGUGGAGCUGGAGGCCAACAAUGAGGGAGUGGAGUGUCUCAGGCUGCUCAAUGAGAUCAUCGCCGACUUUGACGAGAUCAUCAGUGAGGACAACUUCCGUCAACUGGAAAAGAUAAAGACCAUCGGUAGUACCUACAUGGCUGCCUCUGGCCUCAACGACUCUACCUACGACCGUGAGGGACGAUCACACAUCCUGGCUCUGGCAGACUAUGCUAUGAGACUCAGGGAACAGAUGAAGUACAUCAACGAACACUCCUUCAAUAACUUCCAGAUGAAGAUAGGUCUCAACAUGGGUCCAGUGGUGGCAGGGGUGAUCGGGGCCAAGAAGCCCCAGUAUGACAUCUGGGGGAACACUGUCAACGUGGCCAGUCGUAUGGACAGCACAGGAGUCCCAGACUGCAUACAGGUGACCACAGACCUGUACCAUGUCCUGGUAAACAAAGGCUACCAGCUGGACCACAGAGGCCUGGUCAAGGUGAAGGGGAAAGGAGAGAUGACCACCUACUUCCUGACCAGCGGUCCCAAUGGUACCCAGGGCAGUUAACGGACGGUCACGGGACUACCGCUGGCUGCUAAUACAUGAAGCGGAGAGAGAUGGACAGGGAGCGAGGGGGGAGUGAGUGUGUGAGAAAAGAGAGCGAGAGGAGGGAGAGAGAUGAGUAAAAAAAAGAAACAGUUCAAAGCCCUGAAGGAAAUGUGUGUGUGUGUGUGUGUUUGUGUGUGUGUGUGUGUGUGUGUGUGUGCAAUCAUGUAUUCUUAUGCACACUACUUUAGGUUUGGGUCUCAAAUGGCUCCCUGUAUAGGCCCAGGGCCCUGGUUAAAAUUAGUGCACCGUAUAGGGAAUACGGUGCCAUAUGGGACGCAAACCAGGAAUUUUGUUCUCACUUCAAGGCUUUAGACACGAAGCUACUUGAAAGAUAUAAUUAACGAAUUAUAGUGAAGACCUAUUGCCUUAGAAGGAAAUUACUGAACAAAAGGCUAUAUUUGUUUUGUUGUGAGCUACACAACAAAUACUUCACAUCCGGAGCUAUUAUUUAUUUUUCACUGAAAUGGAAGGAUUUUUUUGUUGUCAUGACGACCUUGUAACAAAAACUACAUAUGUAUUAUAUGAAAUAUUCAAGGAUGAGAAGGAUGACAAUGACCAAAGAACAAAUGUUUUAUUAUGAGGGACUGACUCUACACACAUCAACCAAUUUCUGUUUGAAAUGACUGCGGAAGGAACAACUGACAUGACUGCGGAUGGAACAACUGACAUGACUGCGGAUGGAACAACUGACAUGACUGCAGAUGGAACAACUGGCAUGACUGCGGAUGGAACAACUGACAUGACUGCGGAAGGAACAACUGACAUGACUGCAGAAGGAACAACUGACAUGACUGCGGAUGGAACAACUGACAUGACUGCAGAAGGAACAACUGGCAUGACUGCAGAAGGAACAACUGACAUGACUGCAGAUGGAACAACUGACAUGACUGCAGAUGGAACAACUGACAUGACUGCAGAUGGAACAACUGGCAUGACUGCGGAUGGAACAACUGACAUGACUGCGGAUGGAACAACUGACAUGACUGCAGAAGGAACAACUGACAUGACUGCAGAUGGAACAACUGACAUGACUGCAGAUGGAACAACUGACAUGACUGCAGAAGGAACAACUGGCAUGACUGCAGAUGGAACAACUGACAUGACUGCAGAAGGAACAACUGGCAUGACUGCAGAUGGAACAACUGACAUGACUGCAGAAGGAACAACUGACAUGACUGCAGAAGGAACAACUGACAUGACUGCGGAUGGAACAACUGGCAUGACUGCGGAUGGAACAACUGACAUGACUGCGGAUGGAACAACUGACAUGACUGCAGAAGGAACAACUGGCAUGACUGCAGAUGGAACAACUGACAUGACUGCAGAAGGAACAACUGGCAUGACUGCAGAAGGAACAACUGACAUGACUGCGGAUGGAACAACUGACAUGACUGCAGAAGGAACAACUGACAUGACUGCGGAUGGAACAACUGACAUGACUGCAGAAGGAACAACUGCAAACCUGUUGUUUUUUCAGCUUUUUCUUUCUUGUCGCUUUUGACAAGGGCCACGGAAAACAACGUCAUUGUCUUUGAUAGCGGCGAACACAUUAUUGUUUUUGACUUUGAUAUGCUUGCUAAUAUGAAAAGAGAGCUGAGAAAUCUUGUCUUUGAUUGUGCACUGUGAACGAAGAGAGACCACACACAAGCAGAGCAGCCUUGGAUUGGAUUUCUGUGUUCCUUUCAGGGCCUCUAUUGUGUGCAGGGUAAUUCUAACCCACAUAAGGUUGUGGGUUCUCUUUUCUAUGUAUCAUCAAUGACAUUCCCUCUCUAGAUGUAUUUUUUUGGUACAAGCCAAAACAAAAACUUUAGUGACGGACAAACAAACAACUGCAUUGCUACCAUGGUACCGGAGUGAGUGUUUUCAUUGCUGUGAGAUGUUUUAUAUGAAAUAAGUGUGUGCGUGUGAGGCUAAGUGUAUGCUGUUCUUUAUCUUUAAAGGGGCAUAAUUUUUCACUGUGAGGUUUUUAAAGAAUCUGUAUGACAAGUGGGUGUGCAUCCCAAAUGACACCCUAUUCCCUAUAUAGUGCACUACUUUUGAUUGGAGCCCUAUGGCCCCUGGUCCAAAGUAGUGUACUACAUAGGGAAUAGGGUGCCAUUUUGGACGCACACAUGCCAAAUUGAUGCUGCAAGGCUUAUGCGUGUAGUUUUUAUAUCUUAUACUUUGGAGUUGUGUGUUCAUUCCUGAUUUUAUGUUUGUUGAUUUGAUUUAAAUCACCUUUACUUCAUGCCUUUUAUUUUACUGUGAUUAUGAUCACAAUUCCAUUCCAACCCUUAAUGUCUAAAAACCCACAAAUUGAUUUUUUGAAUCCAAAUUUUGGAUUGUGUUUAAAGGAGGUGGUAAUCUACACACGGUGGGCCUAUAGCCUACAGUACAAUGUUACAUGUACAGGAGAAUACACAAAAGUUAUCUGGUUGAACACUAGCUGUUAACUUGAAAUAAGAGGUACAUAUAAUGGUAGUAUCUGUACUCCAUAGUAUUUGACACCAUCCGAUAGUAUUGGUAUUUAGCACAUAGAUGCUCUUUACCCCCCAAAGGAGUAGUUGAAACUCAUCUUAUGAAUGUACAAAAUAUACUGUAUGUCUAUGGUGAAACUACUACUUAUUAUUGAAAGAAAUUACCAGAAAACUAGUUUUAAUGGUGCCAAUACAGGCUCCCAGGUCAGGACAGGGACGUGGAAAGAGCUACUUCUGUAUUAUGUGAAGUACUAUUGCUAUUGAAUAGAAAUGAAGGUUUAUGUCCCUUGAUCCCACUUAUCCCCCCAAUACUGAGGCUCACUGUACUGUACCAGGGAGUAGGUUACAGUAUGUAGGCCCUACCGUGGUGACUUGUGGUCUCUGUCUAUCUAUCUUCUUCCUCGACCUAUGUCAUGUUCAUUAGGAACGGAAGAAAAUAAGUGAAACAGGGAGGUACUACAGUACCUGAACUUGUCAAAUAAGAAAUGGCUUGUUUAGGUUUUUUGUGGCAAAACAGAUUCCUACUGUGAACACGAGCCUAAUGAACACGAGCCUGCUGAUGCUGAUCAACCUGUGUGUAGGAAGGAAUGGUUCUCUGAUUGAAGUUGUUUUGUUCCCCCUCUUUUCAUUUUUUUCAUCCUUUUCCCAUUAGUUUCUUACUGUAUUUGAGUUGAAAGGCCAACAAAUACUGUUUGUUUGUUUUUCCAUUCCAAAAAUAACAAUAUAGCAGAAUUGAAGAAAUUAAAUGGUUUGAUUUCCCCUUAAAACUACAUCAAUACAUUACUGUUUUGUGUUAUUGAUGAUCAUUUAUUUAUUAUUAUGUUACUAUUCAGUGUCUUCCCCUAAUCAAUGUGCAAUCUAGGCCUGUGUGUUUUUCUGCUGUUUCAUUGCAAUGCACAUUUUAUUAAAAUAAUUAGUUGGAUAAGUUA